AUGCAGUUCAAGACCGUGGCUUUGCUGGUAGCUUCCUUGACGUUGGCCCAAGCCUCCGCCCGUCCUGAUGGCAUGGUUUUCAAGCGCCAGUAUAGCAACGAUACUACUUGGUCAGAUUGGUCUCCGACGACAAGUUCUAGCUUGAUUGUGGACGAUGUGAGCACCAGCAUCAGCACGACAAUUACUUCGUCGAUCAGCAGUGCUGCCAUAACGACCACGACUACCUCCGUGGCCGCAGAGACUUCCUCGACAACCACUUCCAGCACUUCGGUUACUAGUCUGACUGCGACUUCGUCCACGACUACCAGUGUGGGAGUCGCAAGUACCUCAUCGUCUUCAUCCACCACGAUCACGACGACCAGCAGCCAGGUUGCUGCGGUCAUAUCCGCCUCUACCUCGUCCACCUCCUCUACGACCACCUUCUCCACGUCCACCUCCAUGACAAACUCCACAACUACUGCCAGCGCCGAAGUUGCAGCUAUUUCGACCUCUUCGGCCUCCACAGCCACGAACACCACAUCAGAGUCAUGGGCAGAUUGGACAACUUCAACUUCUACAACUACUACGAGUGCACAAGUUGAAGCCGUGACGACCUCUCCACCGGCCUCAAGUAGCAGCAUGACCGCAGGCGGAGAUACAUUGGCUAGUUCGACCACUUCCACGACUAUCAGUACCCUUGUUGCAGACGUGACCACGUCUACGACCGUCAGUGCUGAAGUUGCAGCAGCGACAACACCAGCCAUCACCAAUAGCGCAGCAAUCGCGGCUGACUCAACGUCUAGCGAAGGUGUUGAAGUCAGCACCACUGUCGAAGACACCACAUUGACUUUGACCCUGGGUUCUGGGUCGUCAGCUUCUGUUGUCACUACCACCAUUCGUCAGACCAAGACAUUCACGAUCACAAGCACAAUCUAUGCCACCAUCACUAGACCUUCUGCGGAGGCCAAUGCCGCUGGGGCUGCAACUGGGUCGGGCACUACCACCGUGACUCUCGAGUCUACCUCCACCGAGACCCUCACUGUUGUGCCUGUGGAAACAGGCGUCGCUGCUGAAACGACAAGUUCGUGGUCCGCUGGCUUGGGCUGGGGCUCGGGAUCUGAAUCGACUGCGGAUGCUGCCUGUGGAAUUGCCUAUGUUACCGUGACGGAGACUCUUCAGAGCACCGUUACCGUCACUGCUACUCCCACCACCUCCACCAUUCCCGUGGACGUGGAAGUGGAAGCUACAUCAGCCAGCACAACAUCUUCAGCCUUGUCGACUGGUUGGGGCUCUGGGAAUGGUACCCAGUCUCACAAGCAUAAGCUGGCAAGUUCAGGAUUUCUGAGGGUAUCAACAUAUGCUACUCCGUCGGGGUGGAAGCCGUAG